CACAGUUAGAAUUUAACUUCUGUGCUGUGAUCCCAAAGCCUUACAAUCUCAGUGUGGAGCCCAUCUCUCUCAUCUGGCAGACUUGACAAGGGCUCUCAGAGCAGGCAGGGUUUCAAAGGGAAAUGGCUGGGUUCCUCUCAGACCUGGUUCAAUACCGGAGGCUGUUGCUAAUGAUUGUGGUGCUGGGAAUUGGUGGAACCCACCUGUCUGGGUUCCAAAUGUCUGUCAUCAAUUACACUUCUCUGUACAUUCAGAAGUUUAUCAAUGAAACUUGGCUGGAGCGAUAUGGUUCUGUGCUGCCCCAGGAGACCCUGAUGCUGCUGUGGUCCCUCAUUGUAUCUAUGUACUGCAUGGGUGGCAUGAUAGGCUGUCUGUGCAGUGGCUACUUGACUGCAAAAUUUGGAAAGAAGAAAAGUCUGCUGCUCAACGAUGGGGUGCUGAUAGCAGCAGCACUGCUCACUGGCUCCAGCAGGAGAGCCAAGGCCUUUGAGCUGAUCCUGGCCGGGCGCUUCCUCGAGGGCAUUGCUGCUGGAAUACAUAUGAAUGCCCAUAUUCAGUAUGCUGGAGAGAUCUCACCCAAGAAGCUGCGUGGAUUUAUGAACGUGACCUCCACAGUGUUUCUUGCACUAGGAAAAACUCUAGCACGAAUUCUUGGAUUAAGAGAACUUUUAGGGACUGAAGACAUGUGGAACGUGCUAUUGUCCUUCUCUGGGCUUGUGGCAUUGAUUCAACUGAUCUUUUUGCCAUUCUUUCCUGAGUCCCCGCCCUAUCUCUUGCUGCAGAAAGGAGACAAAGCUGGUUGCUUGAAAGCCAUGAAGCAACUCUGGGGAGAAGGGAAUUAUCAAACAGAAUUUGAUGACUUGAUGAAGGAAAAGACUAUAACAAAAGGCACCAAAAUCAUGAAUGUCCUAGAGGUGCUGAGAGAAGGAUCUGUGCACCCACAGCUGUGCACCAUGCUCUUCCUUUUGCUGAGCCUGCAGCUCUGUGGCCUCAGUGCAAUCACCUUUUACACGUCAGAAAUUUUUGAAACAGCCAACCUGCAGGAAAGCAUUAUCCCAUAUGUAUCUCUAGGAGUUUCAUUCUCUGAACUCAUCUCUAUCAUAUUCUGUAGCUCCAUCAUUGAUCGCUGUGGACGCCGCGUGCUCCUGUGUGGGGGUUAUUUGCUGAUGGCACUGAUCCUGGUGUUGCUUGAAAUCAGCCUUCUGCUGAGUGAUCAGUUCCUCUGGCUGAGGUACUGCAGUGUUAUUCUCAUCUUUCUGUUCAUCAUUGCUUAUGGACUAGGACCAGCUGGAGCUGUUGUGGCAGUCAUGAAUGAAAUCUUCACCCUGUCAACAAGGACCUCUGCUUUUGUGAUUGGUGGAAUCAUCAUUUGGCUGGGCCUCACCUUCACUGGAAUGGUUUUCCCCUUUGCUGUAAUGCUUCUCGGUCCUUUUUGCUUCCUCAUCUUUGUUGCUGUCCUGAUCAUUUCAGUGGUUCUCAUCUACCUGUUCCUCCCAGAAACAAAAGGGAAGUCAACUUCUGAAAUCACAGAAAAAUUCAAAAGCUGCCAGUUUAAGAGGAAACGUCAUCAGGCUGUGGAGAAGGAUGCUGCUGAAGAAAAGACAUUUUGCACCAGGCUCUGAUAAGCCACCAAAAGUAAUUUCCACUGUUCUGGCAUAACACAAUUGUAUUUCAAGUUUUUCUCCAUUGCUAUCAUUUUAAAGCAGCAAGAUUUGUGUCUUUGUUUUUUACUUGAUAAGAAAGUUCUGCUCAGGAUUAAGAGCAGGGUGAAGAUAGGAUUAAACAUAGCCACAGUUCUUGCACACAGUUUUCAUGCCAUUUCUUUAUUUUAUUACACUGUAGAGGACUUAGUGUUGAUUGUGAACACUGCACAUGAACAAAUGCCAGGUAAAAUGAAAAUGCCAGGUAGAAUACACAUGCCAGGUAGAAUAACAUCUAUUUCCUUGAGCUGCCAUCAAGUGACUGCAUGUCCUGAUUGUCUCUGUGACUGUCAGGGAUCCCUGAUCCCCAGGCAUUUGGAACAGAGGAACUCUCACUUGUAUCCUCUGGAGCAGCCUGGCUGCACUCCCCAUGCAGAUCAGUUGUAGCAAAAUCAGGAGGAAGUUCUUGUAGUGUGUUCUGGUGCCUCAAGGAUGGCACGAGGGGUAACAGAUACACACAGUGCUGAGAGCUGGAAGAAAAGAGCCCUGGAGAGAGACAGUCAGUAAGAUUUUGAGAAAGUAGAUAGCUUGAAAAUUCAGCCCAUUUUAUGAAAAGUAACUGCCCAAAAAAAGGGAGAAGUUGUGAUAUCCAUUGUCUGCUGCCUGUGUGCUGCUCUAGGGCACCCUGCAUUUUGCUGCUGCACACCACACACAAUCCUACACUUCAGUGCUCUGCUCCCUGCACUGUGCUGCCCAAGGGCUGCCAGUCCUGCUGGCCACUACAGUGUCCAAUCACUCCCCUCCCCAAACUCUUCUACCUUUGUAUAGGAUGAUCAAUUAUUUUUCCAUUUUCUGCCAUUAUUACAAAUGGUGUUUCAUGCCAUAAUAUGACCAUAAGUCCUUUCCUUCUGUAGUUUUCCCAUUUAUUAUCCUUGUGCUGAGGUCUGAAUUAGUGUUGAGUUUUAGGGAGCUUUCUAUUUAAAAAUUUCAAAUUGCUUGCUUCUCAAGGAAUAACCUCAGAAGAAGCUCUGAUAUUAAAGUGUCAGUGUGUGUUCCAGCAAUUGAAACCCGAUUUAGAUUUUAGAUCAGUCCCUGUAUCAAAACAGAGCACUCAUGAUAGGGAUUGUUUCUAUUCAGAGGGCCCUCUCCUGUUGAGGGACUGAAAUAUUUAAUCCACCCAUUUGAAGCAUUGUCCAAUUGCUACAAAAAACAAGAAAUCAACAGAAAUCAUACUAAGUAAACAUUAACCUGAGCCUCAGAGUAGGAUGGUUAUUUAAGCUGAAGGUGCAGAAGAGGCAUGGGAGAAAACAUCUCCUCAGUCUGACAGAACUCUGUCUGCCUGGGAUCAGCCACACUUCUGGUGUAGAUGAACAAGCUCCUUCCAGAAGUGGUGAGUACUGUUAGCAUUAACUUUCAGAAGAACUGAGAGGCUCUUUUGCAAUUGCCAUUCCUAAAGAUAAAGCAUUACACAUUUAGCAAAGUUUUUUCAAAAUAAUGGGAUAGGCAGGGGAUAAUCCUUUAAAAUUAGAGCUAACUUUUAAAAUUAAAAAAAUCAAAAGACACAGACUUAAUGUUCUGGUCUAAAUCAUCGUGGAAACUUUGAAGGAAGUUCCAGCUGGUUAGAAAAACUAAUUUUAAAAAAAAUUAGAAAUUAAAUUCCUGUACUUCUUAGAUGGUGAGGUAUUUCUGUACCAUUUUUAUCUUCUUGCUUCCAUGUCCAAGUGUGAUACUAUCAGGCUACUCUCCUAGCUGGUAGCCUGAUAAUGUUAUGAAAUGGUACAUUUGAAAAUAAUGGUUUGUGAGUGGUUUAGUUAGUUAAUGUGAAGAAGAGCAGCAAAACUGAAAAUCCAGAACCUUUGUCUGGCUGAUCUUUUCUUGCAUUUAUGCUUUGCAUGUUCUGCUGGGAUGGUUUAAGCAUCAUCAAAUAAGCCAAUAUCCAGAAAUGCAGGGGCUACCAUAUCACAGCUUCUGUGAUGAGCUUGAACUGCUCCUUGCAUGCUCAGUACCAGUGCUUGGCUGUAAUGUUCCUUGUGUUGGGAACUGGUGGAUCCCUCACAAGUCCCUUUCAAAAUUCUAUGAACAAAUCCUCCUCCAUGAUAAGAAAAGCAGAUACAGCAUCUUCAGGAGCCAUUGGUGGUGGGUUCAUAAAGGAUGCUUCCCAAAUCAAAUUGCAAUUUUUUUCUAUUGACUUUUCAUUCCCAGGAUAAGAGCUUGCCUAUGGCUGCCUCUGAGCAGGCUGCUGAGGUAACAAACACAGCAGUGUCUCCACUCAGCAGAUGUUGCUGCCAUGCCCUCUUCCCUCUGCCCCCUCUGACAGUGCAGCUUGCAGCUCCCCUGGCAGUGUUAUCCAGGGGAAUUUCCAAUGCCUGUGUCUCCUGUGAGAGCUGAGGACAGCAUGAGGCCAGAUGGAUUACAAAUGUAACAUUUAUCUUCUUCCAUGCUGCUCUUUCCUGGUCUGCCCAGGUUCCAGAGUGAAAUGCAAUUGCAGGUGGCAGUACCUCUGACCUGUGCUGAGCAGACAUUAAAGCCAGAGAGUUGCUAACUCAAUAGACAGAUGGAGAAAUACCCCUUGGGAUCAGUGCUCACCAUUGGCACUGGAGCAGAUCAGUGGAGUGCUCUUCUGCAGUAACCUCCACUUCCAUGUCUCAGUUCCUUCUCUCUGAUUUCACUCUUUGCUGGUCCUUUUGCAGGAGCUGCUCUCAGCAGAAGCAAGCUGGAGCACUGCAGAGGGACUGUUCAUCCCUGUCACACAGCACCAAGGCUGGUUUAAAAAGCUGCCUUGGAUCCCUCUGUCCCUUCUGGUGAAGUGGCUGCCUCUGAUUCAGCUCCAGUGUCUCCUGCAAAAAGCCAGGUUGCUUUGCUGGGCUCCUCCUCUUCUUCAUGGCCUUUCCAUCUCCAGCAUUCAUCCUCCCAAACCACGCCAAGCCAAAGUGCCAGACCUCAGGAGCCCUGCUCUCCCAAGCGCUCACUGUUGCUGCACCUCUUGCAGUUACUGAUAAACCAGAGAAGUGAUGAUUAACCUGCCAAUAUUAAUGUUUUUGAGCUGUUUUAAUCCUAGCCCAAGGCCUUUCUCUCACACAUCUGCAAGAGACAUCUCCAAUUAUGUUGACUACUCACCCUCCCUAGCUUGCCUUAAAGAAAGAAGAAAAUUUUAACUGUUUUAUUUCAAUUGCUGUUUCACACCUAAAUACUGGAGUGUAUCAUGUCACAGUAACCAAACAAACCGGAUUUCAUGAAGUUAAACUCUGCUUUCAUUGUCAACAUUUUGUCAUCAUGUUCAAAAUGCUGUAAAAGGAGGAGCAAAAAAAUAAAAUAAAAUUUUCUUUCUCUGA